AUGAGGCGUUCAGGGAGAAACCCCUCCACCCCUCGCUCCCGGGGUGCCCCCUCCACCCCUCGUUCCCGGGGGGCCCCACCCACCCCUCCCUCCGGGAGUGCCCCCUCCACCCCUCGUUCCCGGGGGGCCCCCUCCACCCCUCGCUCCCGGGGGGCCCCCUCCACCCCUCGCUCCCGGGGGGCCCCCUCCACCCCUUCCUCCGGGAGGGGGAGACGCCCCGGCACACCUCCGCGCGGGGAGCGCUCGCCUCCAGCCUCUCGUCGCCGGGAGCCACCCGCACAACAGGCACAGCGUCCCCCCCGUAGGCGAAGGUACCGACCUGGCCAGCGAGCCAUGCAGGAGAUUCGGAAGUACCAAAAGUCCACCGGCUUGCUCAUCCGCAAGCUGCCCUUUGCCCGCGUGGUGCGUGAGAUCUGCCUAGAUUACACCCGGGGGGUCGACAUGCAAUGGCAGUCCAUGGCCUUGCUUGCUUUGCAGGAGGCCGCCGAAGCGUUUCUCGUCUUCCUGUUGGAGGAUGCCUACCUCUGUACCAUCCAUGCCAAGCGGGUCACCCUCCACCCCAGGGACAUCCAGCUGGCUCGGCGGAUCCGGGGCAUCCAGGGCGGCUUGGGCUAGCUUCCUGCCUCCGAGGGAGCAGCGAAAAGGCAAUUGGGAGCAUCCCAGAAACUGUGACGCACUCAGGGGCCUCUUUCAGGCUGGGAGCGGCUGGCUUGGGCUUAAAAGCCACUGUGAGGGGUGGCAGCGUGGCCUCAGCUCUUGGGCUCCCUCCUUUUUUUCUGCCUCAGAAAACUCCCCCUGCCCCAACUCCUCCAUGAGGUGACUUAAUGUGGAGCGUGGUAGGGUGGGAGUGUUUGGUUGUCAUAUGCUGCAGGGGGGAAGGGGGCAGGAUAAGAAAGGGGCCCUGUUCAGCUCCACGUGAAUUGCUUUUAAAGCCCUGUUUUGACUCCAGCGAGGGAGACGCUUGACCUGUGACCCCUCCAGAUGUUGCGCAGCUGCCGCCGGCCCUGACCAUUGGUGGUGCUGGCUGGAGCUGAUGGUUGUGGGCAGCUGCGAGUUCUCCCCUCCUUGCUUUUAAAAUCUUUCUCGCGGAGUGUCAGUGGAGCUUUGCCGAAGUUACUCUCACAAUUUUUACUUAGGUCUCACCGGCACUGUGUGUUUAAAGCAGUAUCAUGCCGU